AUGAAGAUUGAAUCCGUGAGAGACUCGUUUCUAAGCGACUACGAAGUGCUUCAAUUUCUGUGUCAACUUGAGCGAAAGCAUAACUGGGGACUUGAUGACGAGAACGAAGCUGAUGAGACUACGAAUUCCCACAACAGAAGAAGAAAGAAGAAACAAUAUAAUCAUCCAGAAUUACAGGCUAUAACAAGGGAUACAGUACGGUAUUUAUCCCUAGCGAAGACGGUUGGUGGUGGCGAAGAUGGUGAUGCGCCUGAAGACGCGUCACACAAGAAAUCGCCGCUCACACGUUUGAACGAUGCCCGCUUCACAGAACUCAUGGUACAGCUUAACCAAUUUCCUCUCUUCAAAGCUGAGAAGCUACAAAUUGUCAAUCAGCUUCCCACGAAUUUGGUUCAUCUUUACGCCAUUGUUGAGGAGUGUGAUGCCCGUUUCAGCGAAGAAGAAGUAAACCAGAUAUUACAAGUUGUGCAAGCGGCCUGCGCCUGA